AUGUCACAGCUAGUGGGACUGUUGCGCCGGAACUAUCGCGCGACGGUGAGCCCGCCCGUCGCGGCAAAGAGCGACCAAGCACUACACUUUGGCAUCCUGGGCGCUGCCAACGUCGCGCCAUAUGCGUUCAUCUCCCCCGCCAAGUCGCACCCCGAGGUCAUCAUCCAAGCUGUCGCAGCACGCGAUCGCGCCAAGGCAACAGCCUACGCAGCCAAGCACGGCAUCCCCGAAGUCAAGGACAGCUACCAAGCCAUCCUCGACGACCCCAAGAUCGACUGUGUCUACAUCCCUCUCCCCAACGGGCUGCACUACGAGUGGGCGAUCAAGGCCCUGCAAGCGGGCAAGCAUGUGCUCGUGGAGAAGCCGUCAGUCUCCAAUUCCAAGGAGGCCGAGCUGCUGUUCAACUCGCCGCUCCUGAAGCAGCCCGACAGCCCGGUCAUCCUCGAGGCAUUCCACUACCGCUUCCAGCCCCACUGGCAGCUCUUCCUGACGCUCCUCGAUCAGCCCAACAUUGAGUCGGCGCACACGUCCGGGUUCGCGCCCUCCAUCAUCUUCGCCAAGGACGACAUCCGGUUCCAGUUCAGCCUGGCGGGCGGCGCGGUCAUGGAUUUCGGCACGUACGGCAUCAGUGCGCUGCGACAGACGUUCGGUGUCGAGCCGGAGGAGUGCAUCGAGGCUGACUUCAAGAUCAUGCCGGGCACAGAUGGCAAGAUCGAGCAAGGCUGGAAGGUGAGGUGGCGCAUGGCGAAUGGGGGGACGGCCACUUCCGAGGGCAGUCUCCAGGCCAAGCUAACACAGUUCGGCGCGCCUCCCGUCACCGUCACACACCGGCAGACCAAGGUGGAGGAAGAGGGCUUGCCGUCGGGUCAGGAGAAGUGGGUGACUCGGAAAGUGGUGCUUCUCAAUUUCAUGGUCGGGACUAUCUGGCAUCGGAUCGACAUUGAGGAUAGCUUCGAGCUCCGAGAGUCGGAGACCGGCAAGGUAGUCAAGAAGUGGACGGAGAAGACGUCGCGCAAGGCGUAUACUUUCAAAGAAGCUGGUCUGGAGGGCCCUGGAGAGGACUGGUGGAUCAGCUACAGGCAUCAAUUGGAGCAGUUUGUCAAUCGCGUCAAGGGGAGGGAGACCAGGACGUGGGUAACGGGGGAGGACAGCAUUGCGCAGAUGAAGAUGAUUGACAUGGCCUACAAGAAGGGCGGCUUGCCCAUCCGGCCAUCGAGGCAGGCAAGUGGGUGA